UGUCUGGGCUCUUUCGGGACCAGAUCGCUGUGCGGGACGACUACCGAACCUGAAUUAAAACUGAUAACUCCGUGCUACGACAAUGAGACCGACACAUCCAGGACGGCGUGCCCCCUCCGCCACGCUGCUAAAUCUGGCCCCAGCGGCUGUCUUGACACACCUCUCUUGAUUUGCUGACAAGCGAGUCUUACUUCCUCUCCGGGGAGCCAGACAGGUCUCCUCUUCCCACUGCGGGGAUCAUGCGACCUCAUUGUGUACGGAUCGAUCUGUGAGGCACUUUGACAGUAUCUCAGGCACAGGCAGCCGCAGCAGAGAUGAAGCUUUCGGGGAGAGCCGCGGCCACGCUUCUCCUGACGCCGUGGCUCACUUGUUUACACGUGAUCGCCCUCAAAUCACAACUUUUCACCAGACUUGGGGCUGUAGAUCACUCCAAGAGGAACCCCAUCAGCUAUGAAACACUCUACUUUAACCAGAAGAUUGAUCAUUUUGGAUUCUUAGAGGAUGGCGUCUUCAAACAGCGGUACCUUGUGAAUGACAAACACUGGCAUCAGAAAGGAGGCCCAAUUUUGUUCUACACCGGCAAUGAAGGCGACAUCACCUGGUUCUGCAACAACACUGGCUUCAUGUGGGAAAUUGCAGAGGAGUUGGGCGCCAUGCUGGUUUUUGCAGAACAUCGUUACUAUGGAGAGUCUCUGCCAUUUGGAAAAGAGUCUUACAGUGACAGCAAACAUCUGAACUACCUGACCUCAGAGCAGGCCCUGGCAGAUUUUGCGGUACUGAUUCAGGAGCUGAAGAACAGCAGGGCGGGGGCUCAGCUCAGCCCUGUCAUCGCUGUUGGAGGCUCUUAUGGAGGGAUGCUCUCCGCCUGGAUGAGAAUGAAAUACCCCAAUAUAGUUGUAGGCGCCCUGGCAGCCUCAGCACCAAUAUGGCAGUUUCCUGGGAUGGUGCCAUGUGGAGACUUCUACAAAAUAGUAACGCAGGACUUUGCCAGCAGCGGCUUUAACUGUGAUGUAAAUAUCAGAAGGUCAUGGAAGGCUAUUGAUAAUGUCUCUUCCACUGGUCGAGGUCUUCAGUGGCUGUCAGAUGAAUUUAGUUUGUGCACACCUCUCAAAAAGAGGAACGAUGCUGUCGGCUUCAAGGCGUGGCUCCAAGAGACCUGGGUGAACCUGGCCAUGGUGGACUACCCCUAUGAAGCCAGUUUUCUCCAACCGCUGCCUCGGUGGCCCAUCCAGGUGGUGUGCAAGUACCUUGGUUUCAAUGCCUCCGUGUCUGACUACCAGCUGUUGCACGGCAUCUCCCAAGCAGCCAAAGUUUACUACAACUACACCGGAAGUGCUUCCUGUCUCAACACUUCCCAGACGGCGACUGGCAGCCUGGGUUUCCUCGGCUGGUACUAUCAGGCUUGCACGGAGAUGGUGAUGCCCAUGUGCACGGACGGUGUCCAGGACAUGUUUGAACCUCAGGAGUGGAAUUUCCAAGCUUUCUCGGAUGAGUGUCACACACUGUUUGGUAUCAGGCCUCGGGCUGACUGGGCACGCACGGUGUAUGGGGGAAAGGACAUCGCCGCACACAGCAAUAUCAUCUUCAGUAACGGAGGACUCGACCCGUGGUCGGGCGGCGGCGUGACUCACAACAUAACAGAUUCUCUGGUCGCCAUCGUGAUUCCUGACGGAGCCCAUCACUUGGACCUGCGCUACAACAACGACUACGACCCCCCUUCAGUGCGGGCGGCGCGGGCUCUGGAGGUGAAGUACUUUAAGGAGUGGAUCCUUCAGGCUAAAAAGGCACCUUGAACUCACCGGCCUCUCAAAGCAAAGCAAAAGGUUUCGCCUCCUGGGAUGUGAGCGACGUCCCAGAUUUACCAGCCUCCAAUCAGCUGCUUCACAUGGUGCUUGAAACGGUGCUGUUUGUCAAAUGCCAAAGUUUAUCCUUCUUUUUAGCCAGUGUUGGAGAUUGUUGCUGUUUUUUAAAUGAAAUUAUGAAAUCUAAGCUUAAUUUUUAACUUGAUUUCACUUAGGGUAUCACAAAUCGAAUAGCUUUUUCGAAUAAUAUUUAUAUUAAAUUCUGGAAGAAGAGAAGAACAACACUGUGUUUUUUUUUUUCCUGAUUAGAUACACACUCCAGUGCUUUAUGCCAAACAAUAUAUUCCAGGGCUUGGAGCCAGAAAGGUGUAACUGUUUUUUGGGGCAAAAAUUACAUGUACAUAUCAAGUUAAUAGCUCUUUAAAGCUAAAGUAAUCUAAGGGUCUCUUUGUUUGUGUAUUUAUCGCUGAUGUUGUCAUUAUCAAAAGACAUUUGAUGAAAACUAGGCCCACUUUUUAAGCCCAUCUGCCUCCAAAUGCUCAUUUUUGUCCUUUUCAGUGCAAGGGAAUAAUGGAUGCCUUUUCCAUUAUUCGCAUCUUUAGAUUUAAUUUCAUGGUUAGGCAAUAAUUCUAAUAAUAAUUUGAAACUCUUUCUUUCAGUCGUGUUGCAGUUCUGUUUCUUGUUUUUGCCAGUUGUAAUUAUUCAACUGGAUUAGUUCUUCCAAAAAAAGUGUUGAUUGUAUUUCGACACAUGCAGCAAAGAACCUUUUAACAAGUCUCAGGAGAAAUGUUUGGCUGAGGUUUACCAAAAUGAAACAGAUUUCAGUUUGUAUUUGUCUGUAUCUGAUUAUUUUUCACUCCUCCGGCUGUAAUAAUA